AUGUAUCAGGUUGAUGUGAAGGUCCUUCUUGAUGGCCCAGAUAAUGCUGCUGGUUUCUUUCGGACAGGACGAUUCACGUUGCGCCGAAACUUGGUCUUGCGCUGCGUUGCGCGUCUGCAUGUUUUGGGUGACCCACUCGCGCCUCGCGAUAAGCGUUUCGACCAGAAAGAUAUGUUCCAGGCAGGCUUGAUCUUAGCGCAAGAUGAGCGACACCCGGAGAUGGAUUGUUGUCGGAUUUUGCCUGUGCGAUCUCGCAGCUCGGACCCUGGGCUCAUGGGUUUGAACCGACCUAUCUCGAGGUAG